AUGUUCUGGCGUUUCGGGGGGUAUGCGCAACUCUCUUCGCUAGACAGCAUUCUCGACAAGCCCGACGUGACGGUCGAGGAGCUGUUGGACGAGUCGGACCUCAUCCAGGAACUCAAGCAGCAGAACUCGAAGCUGAUCGAGUAUUUGCGAGACGAAAAUGUCCUCGAGCGUCUCCUGCGCUACGUCAUUGCCCCGCAAGCCGCUCCAUCCCCAGAUGAAGACGCUAGCACUGAAAGUGGGGGCAAACCCGGUGCUUCGCGAGAGGGCUUCUUUGGAAAAGUAAAGGGGAAAGCCCGGUCGGCAUCCAUCACAAAGUCAGAUCCUGGCGAUGGAGAGGAGAGCAAGGAAGAGAAGCAGCGCAUGAAGUACGCGUAUGUUGCGUGCGAAAUCCUCUCGUCCGAGGUCUGGUCAAUAUCCGAAGCUGUACUGGAAAACCAAGAUAGUUUGCGGAGCUUCUGGAACUACAUCAAGCAGCCUCCGCCGCUAGACCCUGUGCAGGCGGGAUACUUCACCAAGGUCAACGAAUCCCUGCUGGACCGGAAGAUGGAGGAGAUGUUGGAGUUCUUCAAGUCGAUUGACAACGUUGUCCCAGACAUGUUGCAGCAUGUAGACUGCCCGAUGAUCAUGGAUCUUCUCUUGAAGAUUAUCAGCCUCGAGAAAAGCGAGGGAGGGCAGGGUAUCGUUGACUGGCUGCAGUCUCAAAAUCUCGUUCCUCAGCUUCUAUCGUAUCUGUCGCCAGAUCAGAGCUCAUCCACUCAGACCUCGGCAGGCGACUUCCUCAAGGCCAUCAUAACCAUAUCUGCCAACGCUACGACCCAGGAUCAGUCCGUCAUUGGCCCCAAUGAGCUUACCCGCCAGCUAGUGUCUGAGCCGUGCAUUAAGACGCUCAUUUCAGAUAUGCUCAAAGGCGGGAACCCCUUGACAGUAGGCGUCGGCAUCAUCAUUGAAGUAAUCCGAAAGAAUAACUCAGACUACGACUUGGAGAAUCAGAUUGGGCCGAUGCCGAAGAACUCAGAUCCCAUUUAUUUGGGGACUUUACUCCGGCAAUUCGCCAGGCACAUCCCGCAAUUUAUGGAGCUCGUGCACAACCCCAAUCAGACCGUCGUGAACAAGGAUGGAUCCACGGCUACGAGGAAACGGGAACUCAGGACCGCUUUUGGUGAGAAGAUCGAACCCCUUGGCUUCGACCGCUUCAAGACGUGCGAACUCAUGGCUGAGUUGUUACACUGUAGCAACAUGGCCCUACUCAAUGAAAGAGGAAGUGAAGCAGAAGUCAAGCGGAGGGAUGUUGAGCGAGAGCGCCUGAAAGCAGAAGGCAAGCUCACAUCACAGACAAAUGUCAACGCAGGCGACUUCUCGACAAGUGUCGACAGCCACGGCUUUCAUCAUGCCCGAGCACCUUCAAGCGAAUCACCUGAAGAGAUUAAACGUCUCGAGGUGCAAAAUAACUGUGAGGAUGAUUUCGAAAAGGUCGCUGCGUCAGAGGCACUUUCGGAAGAAUCUCGAAUUAAUGUAUCUGAGAAGGAAGGGGCGAUGGAGCCUUCAGAGCGAUCGCCAAAGAAUGCUCCUACAGACAUUGCAUCUGGGAAAGGAGAUCCUGGAGAUGGCGAGUUCGUUGAUGAACCUCUUUCUCCUGUCAAAGAUGAGCCUUCUCCGUCAGCCACCACUAACGCUGCUGGAGUGAAAGCUGCUGUUGAUGCUGAAUCACCUACUUCAGCAGGCUUGUCAGCUAAAGUCGGUGGUCUUGAUUUGGACAACGAUACCGUCAUGGGUAGUAGCCACGACGAACCUGAGCAGAAGUCGGAAGGGAAUUCGGAGCCAGGCGAGCGUCCGUCGCUUUUGACGCAACAACUGAACAAGAGUUCAGAAAAUGUGGUAUUGGACCCACCCGAAGGUUUAUCUCCUCAUCCAGAUGAUAAACCGGCGCCAUUAUUCGCGAGCAAGCAGCAGAGCACGAACUCUUCCGACGAUUCCAAGGUUGACACCUCACGUUUUACUGCAGCACCUGAGAGUGAGGGCUCCGAGGUCACCCCGAUUGACGAGGCCAGCAGCACGCGGUCAGUUCUUUUCGGCGCACUCGAAGGGCAGUAUGCACCGCAGUAUGAAGUCGACAUAGAUGGGACUCCUGUUGUGGGUGACCUACUGAAAAUGAUGUUUGUGGAGAACAAGGUUGUCCCAACCAUCCUUGACUUCUUCUUCCGCUUUCCGUGGAACAAUUUCUUGCACAAUGUCGUGUACGAUGUCGUGCAACAAGUCUUCAAUGGCCAGAUGGAUCGAGGGUUCAAUCGCAGUCUCGCGAUCGAUCUCUUUGAGACUGGGCGUAUCACCGAGCGGAUCAUUGAAGGUCAACAGGCGAGCGACAAGGCGCAAGCAGAGACGUAUAUGCGGCUCGGCUACAUGGGCCAUCUCACCCUAAUAGCAGAAGAGGUGCUCAAAUUCACCGAGCGACAUCCGGCGGAGCUUCUGUCACAAUCUGUGCUUGGCAAGGUGAUGAGUCAAGCAUGGAUAGAUUACGUUGAACAAACAUUGGCGGAGACUCGGGAACGUGAUAACGCGAUCCUGGGCGGCGUUCGUCCUGACAUGAGUGUAGGACCCCGACAAGCAGUUCUCAACGCCGUCAAUGCGGCUUCUGGAUUCGGCAACGACGGAUCAUCAUCCAUCUCUAAUGCCCUGUCCGGCAAUGGCUCCAUUGGCCUAGACAGUAUGGAGCUUACGAACAACGACAAUCCAAGCGGUGGCUACACUUUUGGUGGCGCAACAUUGCUGAGCGGGUUCACCAACUCGAGUGACGAGGAGGACGAAGAAAUGGACGAAGGCGACGGCGACCGGGAACGGCACACGCCCGUGAGCGAUUCGGAACAAGUGGGUGAACUCUCAUUUGAAGACGUUGAGAUGGAAUACCGAUAA